AUGCAGCCACCAAGAAGCAUACGACCGCUUAACCUGAACCGGAUUCCAGCAAAAAAUGAUUACAAACAGCCAUACCAACAGCAAUUGUCACUGGGCCAACAGCAAAACUGCCCAAAGCAAUUGCGAAUUGACUCUUUCCACAAGCCACAAACUGACUUUCAUUUGGAAAAUGGCCUUAAUAAGCAUGCUGACCUUCAGCCGCCGCAUUUUGCCCUGUCUCCACGAAUUCCAAAAGCCCCGGCAGCUGCUCCCCUCAACCAACCCAAGGACAUCCAAGAAUCACUCAGCCAACUCGCACAACUGGGUGUACAUCUAAUUAGAGAUAUGGAGGGCAUGAUCAACACGUACAGACUUGCUGUCGAAUGCGCAGUUAGCAAAGAGACCAAGCUUAAGAACUCGUUACAUCAGCAAUGGGAAGCAGCCCGCACUGAUGCUCAGAAGCUUCUGGAUUCUGUCAAAGAAUCAGUAUCAACGGAUAUCAUAUAG